AAUACGAAUAUCAAAUAAUAAGUAUACGACUACGGUCUUCGACCUGCAAUUACUGUGACUCUAACUUACUGCUUCUUUAAUGCAGUAAUACAUUACUUUUUGGACGGAUUAAAGCUGAAAACCUUUGUAUUUAGUUGGACGUAUUACAAAUAUUAAACUUCGGAACUCCGAGUUCUAACGAAAUACAAAAUUUUUGUACUUCCGAAUUCGGAGUUCAAUCGGCAAGCAUAAUAGUUACAUUAACCUAGACUGACUUAAUUUAGUCAUUAUUAUUAAUUAGUCAAUACAUAACCGUGUGUCCGUGUAUAACUACCAUUAUGUCGUGUCAAAUUACAUAUUCUCGUCAAGUAUUACAACGAGUCAGUGACCGUAAAAAAAGAAAACUAGCCAUUGACGAUUCGGACGAAAUACCAUUAAACUGUAAUCUAGAUUUAUUCGUAGAUUCUCAGUUAAAAGUGAUUGAAGAUUCUCAAACAUCAUUGAAAGGGCAUAGAGACUUAUUUGGUGAACUCAUACCGGACACACCGCAAGAUAAGCUUGUCAGUAAUACAGGAGGUAAAAACACUAAAAACAAAUCAACUAAAAGAACACCGGCAUCAAAAAAAAAGAAACAACCAGAUGAAGAAAUUAGGAUUGAUAGUCCAAUAAUAAAACCAAAAAGAGUGUUUAUCCCUACCCCAAAGUUCAUGAAGUUAAUGAAGGAGGCACAAACAGAGUUGUACUCCUUAAUGGGUGUCAACAAAAGUUCAAGUGACAUUUCAGUUGUAACAAAUGAUAGCCUUAAUGUCAGUGGAAUACAAGAUUUACAAGAUAGUCCUGUAUCAAGUAAAAAGAAUGAGUCUAAAACAAAUUCAAAGAAUAACGAUAAUGGCAAAGAAUCUAAACGAGUUCUUGAAGGAGUUGUUGCAUUUGUUGAUUACAAAAUUGACAACGAUCGCAGUGGUUCAGGUAUUACACAAUGUCUCAUUAAUUUGGGUGCUAAAGUAGAAAAAACAUUCAAUCAAAAAGUUACCCACGUAAUGUUUUGUGAUGGCUUACGUAGUACAUAUAAUAAAGCAAUCAAACGUAAUAUUCCACUAGUAUCAGCAAGGUGGAUGGAAUACAGUAAAUUAGCUAAUAAGAUAUUGGAUCCAGCUGACUACCCUCCAGUUGAUAUGGAAAAAUAUACAAGAACUCCAAACACUAAUAUUAAUAUUCCAAUAAGCAAGACGUAUAAAAAAUUUUUAAGACCAAGUAAUAUUGAGCGUGACAAGAUGUUGAAAUCCAAAUGUGAUAAUCUUAUGGAAAGAUUUAACAACUUCAAUAUUAUGAACCUGAAUAAUGAAAAUAAAGAAAGCAGUCCUAUCAUUGAAACCCCUAAAAAAUCUAGUGUUGAUAAAUUAGACGAUCCUUACAAAUCAAAUGAUAUUGUUGAUAUAUUAUCAGAUCAACUAUGUAAAGUAUUAAACAAAAUUGAUAGUCCAGUACCAGAUGACCAAAUUGAUGAACUAUUUAUUCCAAUGUCAAUCAAAGUAUUAAGAAAAUAUCUCACACCUAGUGGAAAAGAGAAUGCUACUUCUACAGAACUAGAUGGUGAACUAAAUAAAAUUGAAGAACGAUUAAAUUUAAAUCCUCAAGCUAGACAACGAUUUCGUAAGCUAUUAUUUCCUUCAAAUACUAAUUUGAAUGAUACGAGCAAUGUCAGCGAUUUCCCAUCACCUUCACCUCAAAAAUUGAGAAUUAGUGCUCCUUCAAGAUUAAUUAGUACGAGAAAACGGAAAACAAUGCUUCAUGAUAAAUUGUUAUCGAAUGCCAAUAAUAUGAACAGUAAUAAAAAAACACCAAUACAAAAAAAUGUUAAAAUGAAUCCCUCAAAAUGGGAAAUACCUUCAGAUCUACGUCCGAAAAAAACUAAAAAACUAAAAAAUGUGAAAACAACUCAAAUUAAUGAUAAUGUUUCUAGUUUAAUGUCCAGAAAUUCUACUACAAUAUUUCAGACACCAAAAACCUCUUUAGCUAGCCCUGUAGUAUUACAAUCAAUUGCAUGUAGUGGAAUGACAAAAAGUGAAACAAACAUUUUAAAAUCAUCUAUACAAGACUUAGGAACAUUCAUUUUCCAUACUAAGGUAGAACCUUCAACUACUUUUUUAAUUACCAAAUCUCAACCAAAUCGAACAUUAAAUAUUGUUUUUGCAAUGGCUUAUGGAUGUUUCAUUGUUUCUGAAAAUUGGGUACAUGAAUCACAUAAAAUUGGUAGAUGGCUAUCUCAUGAACAAUAUUUAAUCUCGGAUUUGUCUGAACGUGUUAAAGAAUUUCAAGUACGACGUCAAACAUUUGGAUCAUUGUUAACAUUUCAUAUAUUUGAUAAUGUUGGCAGAAUAUACAUAUCAGAUACCUGUGAUCCACCUGCUAAACUCUUAAGACGAUUGGUGCGUGCAUGUGGUGGCCAUUGCACAAGUACUGACACUAAGGCUGACGUAGUGGUUGGUUAUACUCUUCUAAUGAAUAAUAAUAUUCAUGAAAAAUGGAUUUUGGAUUGCAUAACCCAAGGGACAUUGCUAAAUAAGAAUCAGUAUACUAUUAGUUAAUACUAAUGAUAUUAUGAGUUAUGACCUGAAAUAAUUUUCACAUGACGUGUUGACUUUUAUGUAUAAUUUUUAUUUUAUUUAGCUAAUAUUUUUGUUUCUUCUAAAACUAAUCUUUAUUUCUUUGAACAUUAUUACUAUUCCACUUCAAAAUUUUAAAUAUAUUUUUAUCAUAAAUUAUUCUAGAAAAAUUAAUGUCUUCAAGUUUAUUUUAUUCUAUCAUUUUAUUUUUAUUUUAAAUAAUUUCAAUUAUUUA